UUGCCGUGGUAACGGAGCGAACACAUUCCAACUGCGUAAAGCUUUCUGGGAGUAGUGGUUCCGCGGCGCCCGACAUUUGCUCUUCUUGAGUGGGUGGAGGAACUACAACUCCCAGUACAACACGGAAACAGCGUGGGCAGAAGUGAGGUUGUUGCAGCUUUGACCGCCGUCCGGCCUGGAAUUUGGAAAAUGCUGCUGGCUCCCCAAGAAUGGUCCACCUCAAGGAAGAGCAUGGGGCUGAAUCGCUGGAAAUGGUUCACGAGGAAGCCGAAUCCCAAGCCUACUUUUGAUCCAGACAAUGUGGAAUACUGGCUUAAGAGAGUGGACAUAGCCUCAGAAUUUGCAGUUUCCAACACAUUUUUUGCCAGAAAUUCAGAUUUACCUGGAAGGGUUUGGGGCCAAAUGAUAGAUUUGGAAACAUCCAAGCAAAUAGAGGAUCACGAUGAUGUCUACACAGAAGCUCAGGAGCUAGUCAAUGACUGGUUAGGCACCAAACUUAAGCAAGAAUUAGCAAGCGAUGAAGAAGAGGGUGCUGAAAACACUGUGUCAAGUGUUGCUUCUAGGUCAGAAGCCAAGGACCAUUGGAAAUAUUACAGGUUUGAUGAUUUAUGUGGCUGUUUGGAGGAAGAAGAGGAAAGUACCACUGUUCAAAAAUUUAUAGACCAUCUGCUCCAAAAAGAAGUGGUGGAUUCUGGGAUGUUGGAAGAUCUUGGAAUGAAGGAAAACCAAGACAAGAAGCAGCAGAAGGAUUCUCGUCUUACCAUGGAGAUGAGACAUAAGCAGGUUAAAGAAAAUCGCAUAAGACGUGAGAAGGAACUGCAGUGCCAGAGGAUGGAAAAGGCCUUGAAAAAAUCAGCUUUCUUGGAGGCUCAGUAUCUGGUUCAAGAAGAGAAGAAAAGGAAGGCUCUGGAGGCCAAGAAAGAGAAAGAGGAGAUUCAAAGGGAGAUGGUAAAGCUGCGAAGGGAAAUACUGGAGAGGAGGCACACUGUGGAAGAAGCGUGGAAGAUAGAGAGGAAAAAGCAAGAAGAAAAUCUUCAAAAGAAUCCAGAGAAAGGCCUGUUUCCAAGUGCUUAUAUUCUUCUGGAUGAAGAAAAAGUGGCAAAAGAAAGAAAGAGGAAGCUGAAAGAAUUACUAAUCCAAACUUUCAAGGAAAAUCACCAGUGUCAAAAACGAUAUUUCUCUGCCUGGCACAAGCUAAUCCUCGAUAAUAGGAUUAAUCUGGGGAAAGCUGGGACCCUGUCUGGCUGGAAGCUUCAACUGAAGGUCCUGCGAGCCUGGAGAGACUAUACACGAUCCCAGAAGCUGGACCGGGUAACUCAGACCUUGGAAAAUGACCUUAGGGAAGAAAACAGAAAACAACAACUGGCCGCUGAGUACCACCAGAAACAAGUUCUUCGACACUACUUUGCAGAAUGGCAGCAUUGGCAUGGUGCAGAGGUCCUAAAGAGAGAACUGGCUCUAGCAAAGGAGGAAACCAGGAAGAAAAUGGAUGAGCUGCUGAAGGCAGCAUCUCUAGGGAAACUCAGUACCAGUGGGUCAUCGAGCAUCAGUCUACUUGAGGCAACAGCCACUGUGGACCUACCAGUUGUGCCCCCUGUGGGGGAAAAGAAGCCCUUGAAGAAUGUAGGAAGAACCACAAAGAGUAAUUUGCAGGGUCCCCUUCAGAAUGUCGCUCAGAACACACCUGACAGUGGGCGGCCCCAGGCCCUGCCCCAGGCCCUGGAUGCUGAGUUCCUUCAAAAGUCUGGCAGCAACAAAAAGCUGGAAACCACCAGCCAGAAUGCAGAACCUCCUUGCAUGGGGCAUUUUCACCACCGCCAUGUCUUUCAGCAACAGCUGAUUGAGAAGCAAAAGAAGAAACUUCAGGAACAGCAGAAAACCAUUCUCAAGCUAAAGGAAUACCAGCGGCUAGCAGAAGCUCGGUGGGCAGCUGAACGUACCACAGUGCUCACAGACGCACAGAGGCACCUUCGGACAAACCCCAGUGGAGCAGAGGAGCCAAAAGGAACCUGCCAUACACUUCUCAAUUCAUCUGUUACUUCUCCUAGGACUGAAAGCAGUAGAAGAGACACCCGAAAUUCUCUUUCUGGACCCAGAAGGAACCCAAAGCAGCUGAUGACACCCCAUCCUAUACUGAAAGCCAUGGAAGAGAGAGCAAUUCAACGAGCUGAACGUAGGCAGAUCUUGGCAGAAAAGAAGAAAAAACAAGAAGAGGAGAAAUUGGCCAGGUUAAAAGCCCAAGAAGAAGAACGGCAGAAGAGAGAGGAAGAAGAAAAAGAGGCUCAGCUUGAGAAAAAGCGGGAGGAGAGGAGGUUGAAGAAAAUGCAAGAAUUAGAGAAACAGAAAAGAAUGAAGAGGAACAGAGAGCUGGAAGCAGCAGCCAAAGAUCAUUAUAAAAAUGUCUUGCUAAGGAAAAAAGGUCUGGAGCCUUGGAAGAAAUUGAGACAACAAAGCAGGCAAAACAUCCAGGUGGCAGAAAAACAUAAUUCUUUGGCUUUACAGAGGAAAUGUCUGCUGACCUGGUUCCAGUGUAGUCAGGAAAGUUUGGCUAGGAAGACGGCUCAGGCUGAUCAGUUUUAUUCCCAGCACUUGCUUAGGAGACUCAUUCAGAACUGGCUACAGUAUGUGACUGAUACGGAGAAAGAAGUAAGAGAACUCUGUGUACAUUUUCUAAAGAAGAAGAUUUUUAGGUCCUGGUUUAUCCUGGUCAGAGAGCUGAAAACAGACUCUCAGAGCAAGCACGUGAUUGCAGUGAAACAUUGUGACAGGAAGACUCUCAGCCUCAUACUUCAGACAUGGAAGAAGUUUGUAAAAUCGAUGAAAGAGGAAAGAGUAAAAGAAGAAAGGCGAGAGCAGCUCCGCAGAAGGGUAGCAGAAAUUCUUCCAGACUUCAGAUGCUGGCACCCUUGUGACUGUGCUUACACAGCCAUCAGAUCCUUGGCCUUGGGUAAUACGUUUGAUACACCAGUUAACACAGACCAACACAGUACUUAGGGUGGGAACCUUGAUGGGCUCAGGGUGUGUAUACCUUAUCUCGUUCUACGUGAACACAUGCUUGUAGGUGGUUUAUUUUCUGAGCUACUUCUUAGGCCACAGGAAUUACUUUGGGAAUUUGUACUUGCUUCUUUGAUUUCGCUUGAGUUGCUGGUAUUCACUCUAGCAUUCAUUUAUCACAGUGGGAUCACCCACAGUAGUGAGCACCACUAUUCAAAUGUAUAUUAUGUAUUUUUAGCAUAGUAAACUUUAUAAAAGACAAGUGAUGGCCUGCCUGAAUUUGUGAAGUAAAGUACGUGUCCCUGUGGCUUAAUGUGAGUUAAGUAAGACUUAGAAUACACAGUAGUACUUAGAAAGAGGGAUAGCAUGGCUACUUACAAGAGGGCCAGUAUGCUAGUACCUCAGCAUUAAGCAUCCCACAGAGCCAGAACUUUUGGCCACUUCUGAUGGCAAACCAUGUAUCAGAAGCUACUCUACACAGCUGCUGUCAAGAGUGGUUACUUAGAUUUCAAAUAGGCACCAAAGAUACUGCAUAUGAAGGAAACCUCAAAAGCUAGUAACUCUAUCAAAGACAGUAAGUCAUUAAAAUACCUAAGCUACAACUUCUAAAUCAUCUGCUUGAUUUGUCUUCAUGAGUUUGAUCUAGAUAUUGAGAUACUUAUCUUGAACUGAAAAAGUUUUAAUAUUUAAAGUGCUAUAAAGACUGAUAAAAUGCUCUCUUCUGUAAAUUGUCUUGAGAGAAUGACUUGCUAGGAAAAUAAUUUUUUCAUUAUAAAAAACAUGCUUUUUGUAACAUAUUCAAGUCCAUAAAUGCACACAGUAAAUUGAGAAAGGCCCUUGAAGCCUGGAGGUAACUAUUUAUGUUACAGAUUUGAACUGGUAAAAUAAAAUUAUGCAGUUUUUCAAAUAAAGAUAGCUGUUCCUGUCUCAUAUUUCCUAAAAGGAGGACUGCCUUUUCUAACUACCAACAAAAUGACUUACACCUUUUUUUCACAGAUGUGCAAUGAAAUAAAAAACACCCACACUGAACUUUACUUUUCCAGUAAUCUUCCCCAACAUACAUCUUUUCUUUGAUAUUGCUGGCAUCUAAAAACUCAAGUGUCUUUAAGACUAAUGGUCACUAAAGAAAAUGAGACUAAAAGUAAUUCAUACUGAAUCUCUUUCCAGCUAAACCACUGUUUAUACUUAAGUAUAGUACAAAUGCAGAAUACUGGCUGAUAUUACCACCUAAAAACCAAGUACAAUAUUAAUGCCAGUCCUGCAGACAAGAAACAGUGAAUUACUUAAGUAAACAUUUUAUGGGCUUAAAUAAAUCUGAAGUUUUAUUUUGGCCUCACCUCAGGUAUCUUUGGCAGUCCAUUCUGAUUGGGCCAGCUAGAUUUUUUACCUACUUCUAGAACCUUCUCAAGAGAUACAAGAAAAAUAAUUUUGAUGCUCUUUCUGGACAAUCAUGAAGAUGUGCUUUGAAAUGUUAUUCCUAACACAAUGCCUGAAUUAGCAGUAUCCUGAUCCACAAAACUAGAAAAAAUAACUACCAGAAAAUCAAAUUUUAGGGCCACUGGCAGGCCCACAGGAUGGAAGUGAAAAGGUAGUCAAAGAGGUAGGAUGACAGCUAUACUACAGAGUUUUCUUAAAGUAAAAGAACCCAAAAGACAUACACCAAGAAACACCAACUAUCUUCCUUAAAGAAAGCACUUUAUUUUCCAUUUGAAUAACUUGAUCACAGGAUAUUAUUUUACACAAGUGGCAGUUAUUUGUAAAAUCUCCACUUAAAAGGCUUUGUUUCUGAGUCUGAGGUGAUAAAAGAUUAUGAAUACAAGUAUAAAAAGAGUGCAA